AUGAGUUCCGACAGCUCCGACGACGACAGACCUCUUGCUAGGCCUAAUGGACACCUUUCAUCCGCUAAAGUGUCGCGCGCCGAGGACCAGGCCUUGGAUCGUUCACAACCACGAAAGUCGAGCGGUAUGACAGGCAUUGUGGUUCGCAAUGGUCAAGUUGAUGAUGCCAUGGACCUAGACGCCCCGAAUGGCGUCAACAAGCGCAAGUCACGAUCGUCCAUCUCUAAAGUCAGUUAUAGAGAUGAAUCUGAUAGCGACGGUGAGCCACUGGCCAAACGUCCAAGACCCUCUGCCAGGCCAGUCGACUCCGACUCCGACGAUGAGCCAAUCAGCAAAGUCAAAGCAAAGAAGAAAUCAACAUCUAUGCUGGCUGAUUCGUCUGAUGAUGAGAAGCCACUAGGCAUCCAGUUGGCGAAGAAGAAGGCCGCCAUUGAGAAGAAGGCAGCUCGUGAAGCACAGACCAUUCGUUCAAAGGAGACUGCCAAGUCGACUCCUAAGAAGAACAUCAAAGAAGAAUCUGAUGACGAGCCCUUGGCCAAGUCGUCUGCUAACAAACGCCAGUCAAAUGGCGCUUCAGCCAAACGCAAAUCCAACGGUGUCAAAAAAGAAGAGUCCGACUCUGACGCCCCUAUUUCGAAGAAGACCAAAGCUAAAGGCAAGACCACAGCGUCUUCUAAGGGGAAAAGCACUGCUUCGACCAAGGACUCCAAGAAGGCCAAGGUCAAGGAGACCAGUGAAGAUGAGGAAGGAUAUGCAUGGUGGAACGCGCCAAAACCCGAGGAUGACAGCAUCAAGUGGCAGACUCUCGAGCACAAUGGGGUUCUCUUUGCUCCUGAAUACGAACCACUUCCAAAGAACGUCAAGCUCCUUUAUGACGGCAAGCCGGUUACCCUAAGUAAGGAGGCUGAGGAGGUGGCAACUUUCUGGGUUGCCAUGAUGACACCCGCCUCAUCGCAUCACUUGGAUAAUCCAGUCUUCCGUAAUAACUUUUUCACCGAUUUCUCAGAGAUUGUGAAGAAAAAUGGGGGCGCUACAGAUCGAGAGGGAAACAAAGUUCAGAUUAAGAGUCUGGACAAGUGCGACUUCUCCAAAAUUUAUGAUCACUGGCUCGCCAAGACAGAAGCGAAUAAAACAAAGAACUUGUCAAAGGAAGAAAAAGAAGCCGCCAAAGCAAAGAAGGAUGCUCUCGAAGCGCCAUAUCUCCAUUGCAUCUGGGAUGGCAGAAAGCAAAAAGUUGGCAACUUCAGAGUGGAACCGCCGAGUCUUUUCCGAGGCCGUGGCGAGCACCCCAAGACUGGUCGUGUUAAGACUCGAGUUUUUCCUGAACAAAUAACCAUCAAUAUUGGUAAAGAUGCCAAGAUCCCGGAACCUCCUGCUGGACAUAAAUGGAAAGCCGUCCAGCACGAUCAGAAGGCCACCUGGCUUGCCAUGUGGCAAGAAAAUAUUAACGGCGCCUACAAGUACGUGAUGCUUGGUGCUGCCAGUGAUGUAAAGGGCCAAAGCGAUUACAAGAAGUUCGAGAAAGCUCGUGAGCUGAAGAAAUACAUUGACAAGAUCCGCAAGGAUUAUACUCGGGAACUAAAGAGUGAAGUCAUGGCUGAUCGCCAGCGAGCCACGGCAAUGUAUUUGAUUGAUCAACUGGCUCUCAGAGCCGGAAACGAGAAAGACACUGAAAACGAGGCUGAUACGGUGGGCUGUUGCUCGCUGAAGUAUGAGCACAUUACACUUGAGCCACCUAACAAGGUUACUUUUGACUUCUUGGGUAAGGACAGUAUCAGAUACAACGAAACUGCCUUCGUUGAACCUCAAGUCUUCAAGAAUUUGAAACUCUUCAAGAAGGCACCAAAAUCUGAUGGAGAUGAUCUUUUCGACCGUCUGACUACCUCACAACUGAACAAGCAUCUCAAUAGUUACAUGACGGGUUUAACGGCAAAAGUAUUCCGUACCUACAAUGCAUCAUACACCAUGUCAACAUUGUUGAAGGAGCUGUCGCAAGAUCCUCGAUCGAAAGGCUCCAUUGCUGAAAAGGUGAAGCUCUACAAUGACUGCAAUCGCAAGGUUGCCAUUCUAUGUAACCACAAGCGAACCGUCGGCGCAGGCCAUGAGCAGCAGAUGCAGAAAAUGGGCGAUCGGAUCAAAGGUUUGCGUUACCAAAAAUGGCGAACUAAGAAGAUGAUACUCGACCUCGAGCCCUCCUACAAGAAAAAGAAAGGCGCUAGUUGGUUUGAGCUCGACGAAGAUCUUGACCAGGAGUGGAUUCAGGAGCAUCAACAGUUUCUCAUCGAGGAACAACGCACCAAGAUCACCAAGAAGUUUGAGAAAGAUAACGAAAAACGCAAAGCCAACAAGGAGAAGCCCAUGCCUGAAAAGGAACUAAAGGAGCGCCUCCAGGUGGUCAAGGAUCUUGAAACCAAGUUUAGAAAAGAGAACAAAAUUGGCAAGGUUGAAGCAGAGGGUAGAGGCGCAUCCGUUGACAAGUAUCUUAAGGCUAUUGAGAAACUUGAUGAGCGAGUCAAAGUUCUCGAAACCCAGGCCGAAGAUCGUGACGGAAACAAAGAGGUUGCCCUGGGCACUUCAAAGAUUAAUUACAUCGAUCCUCGUCUGACGGUUGUCUUUGCUAAGAAGUUUGACGUGCCCAUCGAAAAGUUCUUCUCUAAGACUCUCAGAGAUAAAUUCCGAUGGGCUAUCAAGUCAGUCGAGGACACAGAAGAUUGGGAGUUUUAA